AUGGAUGGAAUUCCGGUUGAGCACUUUCCACUGGCCAAGAAAAUAUUUGCAGACAAGUACGCUCAAGUUAUCGCGCCAGACACCGCAACGUGUGACGAUAUCGGCGUGAACCAUCUUCACAAACUCCUCAUCCUGGCCGACUGGAGAGACUUCUUGCGGCAAGGAGCUCAGGAGCGCCUAAGGCAGGACGAUAUCUUGUUGCCAGAAAAACCCACUUCUUUUGAACCACCGGCUCUGACAACGCGGUUCCUGGUUAGGCGGAAAUUUCCUCUUAGUUGCCUGGUCUGGGGCAGCAAGGUCCCGCACCCGGAUGUCCGGCCAGUCUCUUUAAGCUAUGCCAAUGAUCUACGCCACCAUUUACGUAACCAUCGAACAGACGAAACUCCCGACACAGUUGGCUGGACAGUUACGGGAGUUGUGUUUUACAAUAAACCGGAUGGUACAUGGGAAGACGUGGAAAAGCUGGUCAAUAAUGGCAAAAUCAAGAUUUCCAUCUACGACGGUGCACAGCGGUGCGCCGCGGCGGAAAUGAUGGGAUGGGAAGAACUGGACGUUUGUCUGUACCUGAAUCCCACGGCAGAAGAGCAGAAGUUUUGUGUUGUCGAGCUCAGGAAUGAUGACCAGGCCGUGGAUGAUACCGUAGAUCUACCGGACUCCGUUCCCAUUACGAAUCCUGACCACCGCUUUCAUUUCACUCCAGUUCCAACUACUCAACAAAGCAAGCCGCUCGCGUCAGCUAAGCUGUUGUUUAUUAAGCAUUAUCCAACGCUUUUGUCAAAUCUUGAGCCCGCAAUGCCUGGAAUUUGCGAUGACCAUCAGGCUCUGACGAAAGAUCAGUCCGAAGCGAUAGGCUGGCUUCUCAAAAUUGCCUGCUAUCCGCGCGCGCUGCAGUCGAAAUUCGAUCAACUCUGGGAUCUAGUGGAGCGAAGGGCAAAGCCGGCUGUCGAUAACCUGGCCCGGCGUGAAAACAAACUGGGCAGCCUCUUCUGUGUUCUUCUAACCCCUCGAAAGCUGCACGACCUGCGCCAAUUACGCAAAGAUGAUCCUUGGCCCAUGGUCGAUUUCGCAUUGAUCGGAUUCUGGAUGGAGCCUGAGCAUCAUUCAGGCCUGCAAGCCAGAUGUAGUGAAAAAGCGGUGGGAAAAUUGCGCAAGGUCCCCUGGCCAACGACAAAACGGGCGCUGCCAGAGCCGGAAGAGAAACGUCCGUCCACUGUGAAGCUUUCGAGAGGUGCGACUCGGUCAACGCGGACAGCGUAUAGCAGGGCAGCAGCUUCUAAACAGCCACCUGUUAUUCUACCCGUCACUACCUCCACUACGUCAUCGUCCGGUGAUAUGCGCCACUCCACACCGCUGCCGGCAAGCUCAGGAAAACGCUGCCGCACACUGGACGAGCACUUCGGGGCGGAUGUGAGUGCUAUUAAGAGCACUGAAGACGACGGAGAGCAUGAGCACAAUGGUGACCACAAUCAGGAAGAAGCGCAUCAUCCUUCCACCGGCGAUGAGGAGCCAUCAGCCAAACGUAGAAAGACAAUCAAGUCGUUGUCCGGGGAUGGAGGCAGCAGCGAUUCGGUGGUUGUGUCAGCAGAACAGAGUCCUACCGCGUCUGCCGGACAGGAACCGGGCACUGCGACACCGUCGCCGUCAUCAACCUCAUUGGAUGCUGUGGAAGAAGAACAAUCCCCUACUCACAGUAUUCCUCCCAAUGACGAAAUGGAAGUUGCCAGCACGUCACAAUCGCUUCCGAAUUCCGUGAAGCCCGAUGCGGAAGCGCAGUCUCUGCAGGAUAGCGGUCGCGGCUCUGGCUCUGAACCCAAUCCCCCUCACUUUGGUUUUUCGCUGGCAGUGAACGCCAAAAAUGAUGCUGAAGACGCAACCGAACAGCCAAGUGGUCCAAAAAAACAGGCGGUAGAAACUGUCGAUCCACACCCCCAAAGCACGGACCGAAAUGCAGCACACCGGCAGCUACUGGCAGAGAAACCCCAGACUUUACAACAAAUUGGGAACGAGCUAAAGAAGCUUGAUUUGUACAAGCACCGCCAGAAGCUCCUUGAUGUUUCGUCGAGUUUUGAUGCCCUCGAGCCCGUGAAAGCCGAUUUGAAGUCUUAUUCCAGCAUUUACGAGUGUGGCGCUAGCGGCUACUUGGUGGUUGAUGACGGCGCUGCAGGCUUAAUCGCCGAAACACCCUUGGGGCCAGUCGUACAAAACAGUGGAAGCAUGGAAGCGCUAGUAGACGUUCGCGAUCUUUUGCCCGUUGUCCCUGCGGUAGUCAUCGACGUAGAGCCGAAGGAAGGUCCUGAAAUGGUCCUUGAAGAGAAUAUCAUCCCCAUUGAUGAUUGUGAUUCACUGUCGUCGCCUUCCAAAUCCGGGAAUGAGAUUCUGAGCGAAGUCAAGAAGCCGAGUUUCACAAUCGAAGUCGAUAUUAAUCAGCAUCUUCUCAGCAAGCUAUGCACAUUGUAUCCGGAUGAGGUUUUGUUGCCGCUCUUGGCAGGCACCGCCUCUGCCGAUCACCGUCGCGGCGCUUUCAACCAUUUGAUGAGCGCGCUUGUUGACCAGGAGAAAUAUGCGGCAUCUUGCAAAUUGCAGCUGACUUCUCCCCUUCUCUCCCCAUCAUCGCUCACUCGGGACGUUAUUGUGGAUGUGUUGGAAUUGGUCGACAGAUGUUGUGUCGACGCCACACUGCUUGCGGCUGAACAGUUCCACCUUGCUGUCCUUAAUGUAAGGAUAACAACUAAACCCUGUGUUUGUGUGUGUGUGUUUGUGUGUGUGUCGCAUGUCUACAUUAAAGUAGCAAUAUGGAAAUAUCGCGGAACAACUACAACUAAAGACUUCUCCCAGGCUGCCUCACGCCAAAUUUUGGUAGAAAAUGUCGAUUCGCGGCAUGUGGGCUGCAAAUGGCACUACGAAAUGCUGCAAUCAGUGGAGUUUUGUGAAGAGUACACAGCAUACAACGUGCCUGGCGAUGGCAACUGUUUCUUUCGAGCCAUCUCACUGGCAAAGACGGGAAGUGACGAGCACUACCUUGCGAUGCGGCUGGCUGCCGUCUUUGGAAUGCUCCAUUAUGGUCAGGCAUUCGAGCAGCUGUAUGAGAAUUCGCAUCCGAAAUCCAAGCCGCGUACCUUCCCGAACUCCUUAAAAUCGCCUGCCUCUCUAAGGAAGAGUCUUCCGCGGCCUCAGUGA